AUGGCUGAGCAGGCUGUAACUGCCUACGUCCCCCUGGACGUGCCUCUUCCACCGAUUCCUGAAGGCCAAGUCUUUUCCGACUUGCAAUGGAAAACGUUGUUGUCUCUGGCAGACACCGUGAUUCCUUCCAUUCGUUCUACAUCACUUCCUAAGUCACUCUCUACCAAGGUGGUAGCUGAAUCGACAUUCAAGGACGCUGUCUCGACUCUGGCAUCUCACAUCCACGACCCAGACGCCACAAAAAUUGCUGAACAGUAUCUGGAAGAGAAUGCGUCCACCAACCCCCAGUUCGUGGAGGGGCUGCGGCGACUUUUCGCGAACUAUAUCCACGAAGAAGGGAAAAGCGGCAUCAAUCUCAUCCUCAAUGCUCUCAAUUCCAAAGCUGGUUCGCUCAUUCUGACUGGCUCGACCACUCCCAUUCAAGACCAACCGUUUGAAAUCCGCGAGAAGAUCUUUUCUGCUUGGGAAACUUCCCGAAUCAAGCCUCUUCGUGCCAUCUAUAGGGCGUUCACGGCCAUGUUUAAGAAGACUUGGGCCACGGCGAGCCCGACUAUCCGGUCAGUCGUUGGCUGCCCUCGCGUUCCCAUCCACGGCAAACCUGCGGAUGGAUUCGAAUACGAGUUCCUGCAAUUUCCACCUGGCGACGAACCUGAAACCAUAGACACAGAUGUUGUGAUAGUAGGGAGCGGUUGCGGUGGUAGUGUCGCCGCCAAAACCCUGGCCGAGGCUGGAUACAGAGUAUUAGUCGUGGAGAAAUCCUACAACUACCCAUCCAAGUACUUCCCCAUGAAUUUCAACGAGGGCUUUGUCAGCAUGUUCGAGAACGGAGGAGCGACGACGAGUGACGGCGGGUCGAUUGCCGUCCUCGCUGGUUCCACAUGGGGCGGAGGUGGCACUGUCAACUGGUCGGCUUCGCUGCAGACACAGGGCUAUGUGCGCCGGGAAUGGGCAAGCAAAGGGCUGCCGUUUUUCGAGACGUAUGAAUACCAGCAAGCCUUGGACCGUGUCUGCGAUCGGAUGGGUGUCAGUAAUGACCACACCGAGCAUAACUAUGGCAAUCGUGUUCUCCUUGACGGGGCUCGGAAGUUGGGAUAUGCUGCCAAGCCUGUCCCUCAGAACACAGGCGGAUCGAGUCACUAUUGCGGAUACUGCACGAUGGGCUGCCAUUCCUGUGGCAAAAAGGGGCCCAGGGAAACGUUCUUGGCCGACGCUGCCAAAGCGGGCGCCAUGUUCAUUGAAGGGUUUCGCGCGGAUAAGAUUCGUUUCAAGAUGACCAAGGGCGGACGGGUGGCGUCUGGAGUUGAGGGAACCUGGACCUCCAGGGACUCUUAUCUGGGAACCGCUGGACCGGACCGCACGAGCCGCAAGGUGGUCAUAAACGCUGCUAAAGUCAUCGUUGCCUGUGGAACAUUGCACAGCCCGCUCUUGCUGCUGCGUAGCGGACUCAAGAACCCACAAAUCGGGCGUAACCUCUACCUCCAUCCUGUUGUCCUGUCAUGUGCUGUCUUUGAUGAGGAAAUCCGUCCGUGGGAAGGUUCCGCUUUGACCACAGUCGUCAAUGAGUUUGAAGAUCAGGACAGCCAGGGUCACGGAGUCAAGAUCGAGAACGUCGUAAUGCUUCCUGCCUUUUAUCUUCCGACGUUCCCGUGGAGAGACGGAUUGGAUUACAAGCUCUGGGCGGCCAAGUUGCCCCGCAUGAGCGGCUUCAUCGCUCUGACCAAAGAACGAGACGCGGGCCGAGUAUAUCCUGACCCUGUAGAUGGCCGUGUCCGGAUUGACUAUACAGUGUCGGCCUAUGACCGGAGGCACAUUGUCGAAGCCCUGAUUGCGACGGCAAAGAUAGCAUACAUAUCCGGGGCAAGAGAGUUCCAUACCUCGAACCGCGAAAUGCCGCCAUUCAUCCGUUCCACGGAGGCAUCGGAUCCCAAUGCGCCCGAGGGCGUCACCAACCCGGCACUUCAGGCGUGGAUUGCCGACCUCCGGCGCAAGAACCCUGUCGACCCCGAACGCACACAGUACGCCAGUGCCCAUCAGAUGGGUACCUGUCGCAUGGGGUCGUCCCCCAGGACGAGCGUCGUCGGCCCGGACUGUCAAGUCUGGGGCACCCAGGGUCUGUACGUCAUGGAUGCGUCUGUCUUUCCCAGUGCUAGCGGAGUGAACCCGAUGGUGACAAACAUGGCGAUUGCGGACUGGGCCAGCCGAAAAGUGGCCAGGUCUUUGGAAGAGGCGAACUACGGCAAGAGUGUGUUGGCUCGUCUAUGA